AUGUUCCCUAAAUUGAUCUAUGAAUUUGAUGCGCUGCCGUGGCAGCCACUUGGUACACCCACUGCAGCUAGUUUUGGUGACCUUAUAACUCUGACCAUAUUAGCUUGGAUAAGUCAGGGCUUGUAUUCAUGUCUUGAGAAUUAUUACUACAUUUCUCCACUAGUUGGUAUGAUUUUCUUAGCUCUAACUCCUAUAUGGAUUACAGUAGCUGCCAAACAUCCAGCCACAAGGACAGUUCUCCACUCAGGCUGGGAACCCGUCAUAACUGCCAUGGUUAUAAGCAGCAGUGGAGGCCUUAUUCUGGAUACAACUGUAUCUGACCCAAACUUUGUUGGCAUUGUUGUUUACACACCUGUCAUUAAUGGUAUUGGUGGCAAUUUGGUGGCCAUUCAAGCUAGCAGGAUUUCAACCUACCUCAAUUUACAUAGCAUCCCAGGAGAACUGCCUGAUGAACCCAAAGGCUGCUGCUACUACCCAUUUAGAACAUUUUUUGGUCCAGGAAUAAAUAAUAAGUCUGCCCAAGUUCUGCUGCUUUUAGUGAUCCCUGGACAUUUAAUAUUCCUCUACAGUAUUCAUUUGAGGAAAAGUGGUCAUACUUCUUUAACUGUAAUCUUCAUAGUUGUAUACUUAUUUGCUGCUGUUUUACAGGUAUUUACCUUGCUGUGGAUUGCUGACUGGAUGGUCCACCACUUCAGAAGGAAAGGAAAGGACCCAGAUAGUUUCUCUAUCCCUUACCUAACGGCAUUGGGUGAUCUGCUUGGGACAGCUUUGUUGGCCUUAAGUUUUCAUUUUCUUUGGCUCACUGGAGAUGGAGAUGGAGAUGUUGGAGACUAAUCAACCCUACAAACUGCUUUCAGAUUACCAAGGAGGAAGACACAAGACAACCACUUCUGGCUCUCUUUCAAAACUCUUAAAUCAGUAAUUUGAUUUUUGCCAGGGUAAUCUUCAGUUGGCCCUGAGAUUCAAUUAA